GCAUACGACACGAGAGGAUUCAACCAUGGAAGCCAUGGCGUCAUCGUCGUCGGCGGCUAAGCCUAAGCCCAGCACCACCCUCCGCGUGGCCGCCUUCAGCGGCUCCCUCCGCAAGGGCUCGUGGCACGGCGGCCUCAUCCGCGCGGCCGAGGAGCUGUGCGAGGAGUCCAUCCCGGAGCUGCAAAUCGACCACGUCGACAUCUCCGGCCUGCCCAUGUCCAACCCGGACCUGGAGACGGACGACGGCGACGGCUUCCCGCCGGACGUCGAGGCGUUCCGGGACAGGGUCCGCGCCGCCGACUGCUUUCUCUUCGCCUCGCCCGAGUACAACUACUCCGUGACCGCCACGCUGAAGAACGCGCUGGACUGGGCGUCGAGGGGCACGCACAAGUGCUGGGCGGACAAGGCCGCGGCCAUCGUCUCCGCGGGCGGCAGCUGCGGCGGGGGCAGGGCGGCGUUCCACCUCCGCCAGAUCGGGGUGUUCCUGGACAUCCACUUCAUCAACAAGCCGGAGCUCCAGGUCAGGGCGUACGAGGACCCGCCCAAGUUUGACGCCGACGGGAACCUCGUCGACGCCGAGACGAGGGAGCGGCUCAAGCAGGUGCUCCUCUCGCUGCAGGCCUUCGCGCUCCGGCUCCAGCACUAACUAGCAGGAGCGGAGGACUGAGCGAAGAAGAAACUUGGCACCGUGCGAUUACCUAAACGUUAAUCUGCAUUUUCCUUUGCGUGUUGGAUAUGUAGGUACUUUUGACUAUUUCACUUUCUUUUAGGGGUUACUUUUCACUUUUGUUGGGCGGAAUACAUUUUGCUCUGUAUUCGUGCACCAGUCUUUAUGUGGUUCUGUAAGAAAGAGUAAGCUGCUGUAAACAGUGUGUUUGUAAGAAAUCACGCAAGUACCCUUUUUAUAAACGUUUCGUUAAGUUUUA